UUCGGGUUGAAGGCUGAUGUAAGGGAGGGGAAAUAGGGCGGCUCAGCUUGACUUUUCUAGCACCCUCGAGGCUGCCGAAGGUUUCUUCCUUUUCCUUAGGCGAGGGGAAGCCGCCGUUCCUGCCCUGAGUAGGCCGUUACCCCGCUGCUUCCUUCACACCUGCUCGGUUUGGGCUGGAAGUCUCGGAACGCCCGGGUUCUUAAGGGUGCCGCGAAAGACUACGGCUCCCAUGAGGCUUCGCGAGGGGCGCCUACGGAUGCCUGAUGGGGUCAGUCCCUGAGUUCUGACUCCUGGCGUUCAUCUUCGCCGCCAGCGUGCCUGCCGGCUGGAAGGAUGGGCGAUGAAGAGGAGGAGAGGAAGAAGCCGCGGGUGCUGCAGAUGGUGAGAGCUGAAGGGUCAGAUAAGAGCUGUGUCACAUUCGUGCUCCAUAAUGAGGAUCACACUCUUGGCAACUCCCUGCGGUAUAUGAUCAUGAAAGAUCCUGAAGUGGAAUUCUGUGGCUACAGCAUCACCCAUCCUUCUGAAAGCAAAAUCAACUUCCGUGUCCAGACGAAAGGAGGUGUUCCUGCUGUUGAGACCUUCCAGAAAGGGUUGGAGGAACUUAUGGGCGUGUGCCAACAUGUGCUGAACACCUUUGAGGCCAGCAUAGAAGACUACAAGGGCCAGGAGGAUGUGAAUAUGGAGUAACCCUCAGGGCACCGACAUGAUGGACAUCCUUGUUCAUAUCACAUGGCUGGUUUUGGAAUGUGACUUUUGGGGAAAGGUUUUGUUAUUAUUAUUUUUAACAGAUUUUGUGGGACUUUUCUAAUAAACGCCGGAUGACUGAAUCAUCA